AUGGCCGUCAAAGCAGUGAUCCCAUUCCUUGUGGGAAUGAUGCUACUCACUGGUGUACAAAUGUUCAUUGGAGAGAUGGGAUGUUGGCUGGUUAUGUUGGGCUUCUACCUGCACCGCUACAUCGUCCUGCGCUCCAAAGAUGCGCCGCUUCUCCACCAACGCGUCCAUGCCGAAGAAGAACAGGAGGAGGAGCAAGAGGAAGAUGAUGACACUGUUCGGCCAGCUUCCUCACGAGAUGCUACAGACCCUGCCUUGAAACCACUCCUACCUAACGCGGAGGACCGAGCUCAUCUCGAGGGAUGGAAAGUUGUUCUGUUAGGACUUCCAGCAUGUUGCGACAUCGCAGGUACAACCUUGAUGAACGUCGGUUUGCUGUUCGUGGCUGCCUCCAUAUACCAAAUGACCAGAGGAGCGUUGGUUCUCUUUGUCGGGCUAUUCAGCGUCCUGUUCUUGAAGAGAAAGCUCUACCUGUACCAUUGGCUCUCCCUCGUUAUUGUUGUGUUGGGGGUGGCCUUGGUUGGAUUGGCCGGCGCUAUCUCCUCUGGCGACAAGAACUCUUCUGCGCCCAAGGAGGGCGGCACCGAGCUGAUUCGGCACGCGAUCCUUACUGCGAGAGACAUUAUCGUGGAGACAGUGGAUCCUAGCGUGCUGCGCACUGUCCUGGGUAUUUUCCUCAUUGCUUUCGCCCAAAUCUUCACCGCCACACAAUUCUGCCUCGAAGAAUGGAUCCUCGAACACUACGCCCUCGAGCCACUGAAGGUUGUUGCCUGGGAGGGCUUGUUUGGGUUCAUCGUCACCGUCGCGGUUCAGGUCAUCCUGCACUUGGCGGUCGGCAUCACAAAAGCUGGCAAGCACGGAUACUUUGAUGCUCAGGAAGGUUAUCGUCAGGUGUUUACCAAUCGCGCAAUCGGCAUUUCAAGCCUCGCAAUCAUGGUCUCUAUUGGCGGGUUCAACUUCUUUGGCCUCUCUGUAACUCGCAGUAUCUCUGCAACUUCUCGAUCGAUCAUAGAUACCUGUCGAACGCUCUUCAUUUGGAUUGUCUCGCUUGGGCUUGGAUGGGAGUCCUUCAAAUGGCUCCAGGUGGCUGGGUUUGCCUUGCUAGUGUACGGUACCUUCAUGUUCAAUGACCUCGUCAGACCGCCUAUCAAGGCGCUAUUGCCUCCCAGGCGAAACGGUGAACGCGAGGAACUUUUGCCAGAAGAGCCAGUGGAACAUAUGUAG